AUGUCCAGUGAGACAGCUACGAGUUCACCCUUGUCAGUAAAUGAGGAUUCCUUUGCGGAAUAUUUUAAGUCCGUAAAGGCAACAGUUCCCACUAACAUGCAACUGAGAAUCCCAGAGGACACGAACAGUGUUCCCGAUGAACUGUUGUUGUCUGCAGCUAAUGCCAUAUAUAGUUUACCUGUUCUUCCAAAAACUACUCCAAAACCUCAAACAGAGGAGAAACAAGUUGGUGCAUCUAAAGGUAAAUAUUCUAAAACCGAUGUCUUUAAAAGAAUUAUCUCCAACAUAUUUCUAAAAUUUCUCCCUCUCUUUCUCCCUAGUAGUUUAUAUUAAUCAUGCAAUGAAAAGUUAUUUAUGAUGUACUGAAAUAUAAAUAUGGCCAAAUAUGAUAAAUAUAAUAGCUAGUAAUAAUAAUAAUGACAGUGAUAAUAAAUAAUAAGAACUAAUGAUAAUAGUAAUAAUAAUCAUCGUCAUAAUCAUAAAAACAAGAAUAAAUAAAAUAAAAGAUAAUAAUAAUAAUACACUUAUAAGAAAAUCAAUUUCAUACACAGAACACCCCUUGCCUGAGGAUAGAAAAAGAGCCUACCCAAAGAAGACCACAUCUGGGUUUCUAAGGGAAUUUUUGAACAGUCUUCCAGUAAAGAUAAAGCAGAGCUUGACAUGUCAAUGGUAAACAAGUUUUGGUGGUAUCCACCCCAGCCGUCGUUAAGGGUGCAUGAGCAUCCCACUGUAAACACGUUCUUUACAUGGCGCCUCCUACUAAGGAUGCCAAGGAAACUACGGCAAAUGAGGUUGCAUUGUCCACACGAUGAUUGUGUCAAGCACCCUCUUACCAGUGCAGGCCUGCACCCACAUGUUAGACAGGUGCUUGACCUGGAUGGCUACUACUCCUUGAUAAGCGAGUAUCUCGAGGGUUGGAAGUGUAAGAGGAAAGUUAUUGGCUGGAGUCAGGGUAUCCUUGAUCAGUAA